AUGGGCCGAACACUUCGAAGAACAGUUCAGCUGGCCUCAUACAACACAACCAGUGGAGGCGCCCCGUUUGGUUCCGCUGGAGCCGACUCUCAACGUAUACCCCCGUGGUACGUUGCAUAUUUGUCUUACCUUCCUUUACAGCGCCACUCUUAUCCUAGUGUAUUUCUCUCACGUCAGCCAGAUACAGAUUCGUCGCCUAUUUUGAACAACGCCUUAAUCGAUACUCAGACACUAGUUUCUGAUGUCAAGCAAGCUCUGGUACCUGUCCCUGCGUCCUUUUGCGACUUAGUCCGUUACCAGUUUGAUGCUGGUGGGAAAUUGCUCAGACCGUUGCUUGUGACAUUGGUGGCUGCUUGCGCCAACAUUCAUGCAAACUCACCGGGGGAGAUCAGUUUUGAAGAUGAUCCCCUUUUUGGUUUGUAUCGAAAUCGCAAACUGGGCCACACUGUCUCUCCCAGCCAGCAUCGAAUCGCAAUGAUCACUGAAAUGAUCCAUACUGCGAGCCUUAUCCAUGAUGACUUGUUGGAUUCUGCCAAUCUUCGUCGUGGUAAGAAGACAGUUUACAAAAGAUUCGGACACAAGGAGGCUAUCCUGGGCGGAGACUUCGUUCUGACACAUUCUUCUCGUUUGCUGGCGGAAAUCGGCGACACAGAAAUUAUUGUUGUCUUGUCUCAGGUUAUCGCUGACCUUAUCCACGGAGAAUUGCUCCAACUGACGACCGAGGCAGAUGAUACUCGACGAUUUCAGGCAUAUCUCGAUAAAACCUAUAGGAAGACGGCAAGCCUAAUGGCCAAUAGCUGUAAAGCGGCUGUUAUGCUCACUCGACCGAAGCUAUCACCGGAGCUGGUCGAUUGCGUCUACGAAUUUGGGCGUCAUUUCGGGAUGGCUUUUCAACUGAUUGAUGAUGUUUUGGACUUUGUAGCAGACGAAAAGAAUCUGGGCAAGCCCGGUGGCGGUGCGGACCUCCAAACCGGUGUCGCAACGGGUCCAGUUCUGUUUGCUGCCCAAAGUUUCCCGGAAUUAGAUGAGAUUUUGUUGCGUCAGUUUGGUCUGGAAGGUGACAAGGAACGGGCCUUGGAACUCGUGGAAAAAUCGGAUGGAAUCGGACAAACACGCAUGUUGGCCGAAUUCCAUUUUCAAGCUGCCCAACGAUGUUUGACACGCUUCCGGGAUAGCCCCUCGCGGAAGGCUUUGUUGCAUGUAGCCGCCAAAUGUUUACAACGCACCAACUAGAUCCAGUCUCAGCGAUAGAAUCAACACUGGUCUUUCCUAUCUUUCGACAUAUUUUGCGUAUUCGACUGAUCGGCAUGGCCUCAAUUCCCUUAGUAGACCUUUUUUGUACUGCAGAGUACAUUGGCAAUAAGCACCUCUCUUUUCUGCCCCGUCUUGACCACCCUGACCUUACAGAUGAAUCUCCUCCUUUAUCGCCCAUCCCAUUCUCUGACAAAAAAGCAAGCACAAAUCUAGUGAUAAUAAAGUCUGUUCC